AUGGGUGGGGCACAUUGCCCGAAAAACGGAUGGCCGAUAGGGCAAAAACCGGGGCCGAGGACCAGACGGCGAAGCUUGGGAUGGCCCCCCACAAGGUGGACAGAUGACCUGGUGAGGGAAGGUGUUGGAUGGAGAGCGUGGGGAACCGGUCGUACUGGAAAUUUAGGGGAGAGGCCUAUGUACAGCUGUGAACGUCGACAGGCUGAAACAACCGAUACACUAUUUCAUUGGUAA